AGCAACUCCCAGCGGAUGUGAACGAGAAAGGGUUGCCAUCACGUCUGUUUAUCGUGACAAAGAAGACGUGGCAGCCAUGGCUCUGUCAUCGGAGUUUGUGUCGCUGGUCCAGCAGGAGAUUCCGGAGGGACGGCAGUCGCUCUCGGACUCUCAUGCCAACUUGGAGAAAGUGGCUUCGUACUGCAUAGAGAACUUUGCGAGGGCCGAGAACAAAGCCCAAGCACUGGAGGAAACCAAGAAUUACACGACGCAGUCCCUCGCUAGCGUGGCUUACCAGAUUAACACUCUAGCAUACAACUUCUUGCAAAUGAUUGAUCAACAAGCACACCAACUGGCAGAAAUGGAGAGUCAGGUUAAUUACAUAUCUCAGAUGGUAAUGGUUCACAAAGAGAAAGUGGCCAGGAGGGAGAUCGGUGUCCUCACAACCAACAAGACGACUGCCAGGCAAUACAAGAUACUUGCACCAGCCAACACGGAGAAACCAAUCAAAUACGUGAGGAAGCCCAUCGACUUUGGAUGCUUAGAUGACGUAGGGCAUGGCAUGCGCUCGUCAUCCAGCAGUACCCCACGGUCCAGACGCUCGGCCAGCAGUGUGGGCAUGCCCCCUCCAGUCCACCAACCCCCCACUUCUGCCGGCCCUGCCCCUACCACGAAGCCCCCAACCCCUCCCCAGGCCAACAGGUCUGUGAGCAGCCUCUCAAGGGGCUCACGGGAAUACCGCACUCCUCCGGCUGUGGCGCCUCCUCAGGUACCCAGCAACUACGCUCCCAACUACCCCAUUGGCCACCCACGACGUAACGACCGCUCGAGUGGCUACAGCACCUUGCCGCACCAGUCAGCUGCCCAUGUAGCCCCCAUGAACCAUAACGGAGGAGCAGCUCCCCCUCCGCAAGUGGGCAUGGUGCAUCCCAUGGCCCAUGGCGCACCCCAGGGCUCCUACACCCCGCCGCCUCCCCCACCCCACAUGGAGCAGCCGCAGUACGCAGCCCACCCUAUGGGCAUGCCACCCCCCCCGUCGCCAGCCUCCUCCGGGGUAGUGAGCGAGCAGGAGUACAACAGCCGCUCAUCGGGAGCUUCGUCACCCCCCCUGCCCCCGCCGCCCCCCAGCGACACCGACAUCCCCCCGGCCGUGCCCCCACACUUCAUGGAGAAAGCCAUGAAUGACGACCCAGCCCCUCACCGUGUCCCAGGCCCUAACCCCCCAGCGGUGCCCCCCCACUACUUGGAGAAAGUCAUUGCAGUUUAUGACUACACGGCCGACAAAGAGGACGAGCUGAGCUUCUCGGAGAACGCGGUCAUCUACGUCAUCAAGAAGAACGACGACGGCUGGUGGGAGGGAGUCAUGAAUGGGGUCACGGGGCUCUUCCCGGGCAACUAUGUGGAGCCCCUGAUGUGAGAGGACGACAAUGGGACCUUCUUUCAGCGUGGAAGGCGGACUUGGAGGCGGAGGCCGCAGGGGGAGCAGGAGGACUACGACUUCGAGGACAAGAACAGCUGCACAGGGCGGAGACGAAGGGCCAUCAGGAGUGUCGAGGGGGAGAGGAAGAGGGAGGCGGGCAAGGUGUGCGAGGACACGGACCAAAACGAGACCCCUAUUGGUCGUUGUGGUUCGGGUGCGAGGAAGACGAGUUGGAGUAGGAGGAGGAGGAGGAGGAGGAGGAUAAUGGUGGGGCAAGUCCUGGUGGCCCUGAUUGUGGUUUAGGGAGUUAGGCCUCCCGAGCGUUUUGUGUCACGUGUACAUAUCUCGCCCGAGGGGUUGUCCGUACGACGCCGACAGUAUUACCCACGUUAUGAUUUAAUGAAAAAGUAAAAACGUAAAGUCCAGUGAUUAGUGUUCCCAUUAUUAUUUUAUUAUAUUUUCUCCCCCCUUUUUUUUUAUUUGUUAUUUGUGUUACAUCAUAGUUCCUGAAAAUGAUGUGCUCUAUAUUAAAUGUAAAGAAAAAAAGACCCCCCUUUUUUUUUCUUAUACAUAUCACCGCAUAAAGUGAAUGUGACAGAUUAUCCAAUCAGAUAUGUCAUGCUUCAAAAGAGAAAGAUGCAUUACCCUAUUAAUUGCACAAAAGAUAUGAAAAAAGAUAACAAAAAAUACGUAGACUUAGAGAAAAAAACUUUUUUUUUUUAAGCCGAGGUAUGCUUGUUCCUUAAUCAGUUAUAUAGAUACGAGCUAGAUUUUUAUUUACAAAAUGUAACGGAUUUGUUCCUGCAGUAGAGAGAAUAAGCCCCCAAAUAAAAAAAGAUUUAAAAAAUGCUGUAAAGAAAAAAAAAAUUCAUUCGUACAUCCUGCUAGAGAUAUUCUCUGUAUGUUUGUCAUUAUUAAUAUUAAAAACCCGCUAAACUGAAAUUGUAUCCAAUCCAGAAGCUUUUUAUUUAUUUUUUUGUUUUUCUUAUAUGUAUAUAUAUAACAGGAGAAUGAAUCAAGAUUAGCUUCUUUACCAUGGAUAAAUGAAAGCGUGUGAAAGAGAGAGAAAGAAAGGAAGAAAGAAUAAUAAUGAUAUAAACAGUAUAUUGCCCUUGUGCAUGUGUUAGACCAUAAGGCUACAAAUGGAGAUGUAUUUGUUCCUUGUUCUGGGAUACUGUUCAUUCUGUCAGAACGCUGAAGAAGAAGAAAAAGAGAGAAAAUAUCCGUGAACGAGGAAAUUAUACCCUUUAUGGUAAUAACACUAUAGAAAUUGAUGCAAUUAUGAUGGAGAUGGUAAAAGAAGGCAAUAAAUAGGUGAAUAAUAAUGAUGGUGAAUAUUAUCUGUUUUUCUUCAUUGGUUACUGCAUAUUGUUUGUUCCUGUGUUUGCUUUUGUGUUCUGUUUUGUUUGCUUAUGUACAUAUAUAUAUAUAUAUAGGUUAAACGAGAGACGAGUGUUCUUCUUUUCUAUGCAUGAAUGACUUCUGUAAUUUUUUUCCUUUCUCGCAUUCUUCACUGUUUCAUCGUUUUUCCUUAAGUGCCAGAAAACCCUCUAUUGUAAAGGUCAUGCAUUAGGAUGAAUGUAAUUGCAUCCAUAUUUUUUUUUUUUUUUUUUUUUUUUUUUUUUUUUUUUUUUUUUUUUCACUUUUUAUUUAUAUUUUUAAUUUACUUUUUUCCUUGACUUUUUCAUACAAUGAUAGCUUGAGAUAUUGAUACUAUUGAUGGGUUCUAACUUCAGCUGGUUAAGAUUGCUGUACUAGUCAGUUCCCCAUUUUUUUUUUCUAUUUUUUUAUGAAUAAUAUACCUAUUUAAAGAUAUUAUUAUUAUUAUUUUAUUUUUUAUUUAUUUAUUUAUUUAUUUAUCUAUUUAGUUUUUUAUCUAUUUAGUUUUUUAUUAUUAUCAUUUUUUUGUAAGUCAUUAACAAUAUACCUGUGUAAUGCUAUAAGAAAGUUUAGUCAUAUUGUUGGCAAUCAUGCACAAAGAUGAAUUUCCAGUAAUGAUAAGUUUAUAUCAUACAGGCUGUAUAAAAGAAAUACAGGCUGUUAUGUGUAUUGAUUAUGCCUUAUCUAUGUAGUCUUGUACAUAGGUUACCGCUGUAAACAGGUUGUUAGCAUCUGUUUAUACUAAGGCUGGGUUUGACCAUAUGCGUCCCAUAGAAUUUUGGGUCAUUAUGUUCAUUGCAUAUGUUGCAGCAGAUGUAAGGUAUGGUUCAGGGUGCAUGAGCCUAGGUAAUCUUAAAUCUGUUUCAAAAUUUCCUUGUACAUUAAACAUACAACCUUU